AUGAGUCAGGCUGGCACCCCGGCUCAGGUCUCCAAGUCGGAGGCGCUGAGGCGGUAUCUCGAGCGUCCUAAUGGCGACUUGCCAGAAACUCUUGAUGCUUUACAUGAUUCUGGAAAUGAGUUUUUGCCUUUGGCUCAAGAAGACGAUCUGGGUAUCAAUGCUCCAACUAUUGUGAGAAAUCGCAGACAUUCUCCUACCAUUGAAGAAAAAAAGGUCGAAAUG